AUGACGGACGAAAAAGUUCGAGUUUCUGGAGAGGUCUCCAGAUCAGCAGAUUCUCCUGUCCUUCCUAUAGUUAACCCUGCUGCCGAGAAAUCAGAGCCUCCAAAGGCUGCUGUACACCCAGCAUUUUAUGUUAUGACAUGGAUUUUCUUCAGUUCCAGUGUGAUUCUGUUCAACAAAUGGAUCUUGUCGACAGUCGGAUUCCACUUCCCAAUCUUCCUCACAUCAUGGCAUCUUGGAUUUGCGACUUUGAUGACUCAAAUUCUUGCACGUACGACCAAUCUUCUCGAUGGACGAAAGACGGUUAAGAUGACGGGUCGUGUAUACUUGAGAGCUAUUGUGCCAAUUGGAAUCUUCUUCAGUUUGAGUUUAAUCUGCGGAAACUUGACAUAUCUAUAUCUAAGUGUUUCUUUCAUUCAGAUGCUCAAGGCGACCACUCCUGUCGCAGUUUUGCUCACCAGUUGGGCCCUUGGAGUUGCCGAACCCAACAUGAAAACCCUCUUCAACGUCUCCUUCAUUGUCAUCGGUGUCGUUAUCGCAUCCAUUGGAGAAAUUGAUUUUGUUGUCAUUGGUGUUCUAUUCCAAAUUGGUGGUAUCAUUUUCGAAGCUAUUCGGAUUGUCAUGGUUCAAAGACUCCUCAGCUCUGCCGAGUUCAAGAUGGAUCCAUUGGUAUCUCUCUACUAUUUCGCUCCAGUUUGUGCCAUUAUGAACUUUAUCGUCGCACUUUUCUGGGAAAUUCCAACCAUGACCAUGGGUGAUUUCUACAAUGUUGGUUUCUGGACUCUUUUGGCAAAUGCCAUGUGCGCAUUCAUGUUGAACGUUUCCGUUGUAUUUUUGAUCGGUAAAACGUCCGUUCUCAUCUUCACCCUCUGCGGUGUUUUGAAGGAUAUUCUUCUCGUCUGCCUUUCCGUCAUCAUCUGGGGAACUUUUAUCACCCCUCUUCAAUGCUUCGGUUAUGCUAUUGCUUUAGGUGGAAUGGUUUGGUUUAAGCUUGGAGCUGAAAAGAUUAAGACUUAUCUUGCUGAAGGUGGACGUCAAUGGGCAGAUUUCGGUUCCCGUCGACCAAUCCUUCGAAAAGUUAUCGUCCUUGGUCUUAUUGUUUCAACCAUCUUCUUCCUCCUAGGUGGAUUUGCUCCUUCAUAUGACAUUCACGCAAGCGAAUAUAUCAACGCAGCCAAAAAUGCCGUUGGAAGCUCAUAA